AUGGCGUCUCCGGACCGCGCCACCGAUCCGGUAGACGGGAGCGAUGAUGUGCUCUCUGACGACGAGCUCGACGCGGCCGCCAUCGCUGCCGCCAUGGGGUUUUCCAGCUUCGGCUCCCAGGUGCACCCGAAUAAGAAGCGACGGUUCAACCCGCGAGCCGAUGCGGUCGUGGCAGCUGGUGGCCAAGGCAGCGGCGCCAACACGGUCCCGGUGGCGCAGCCUCGAGCGCUGUCCAGCCUGCCGCUGCACCCGCCAUCGCGCCCCGUCGGCGGUGGCGAUGACUGCCCGCAUCGGGAAUCGGACGACGACCGCUCUGGUGCUGCUGCGCACGAGGCUGACGAAGACUGCGCGCCACAGUACAUUGAUACGUCGCGGCCCGUCGGCGAAGUGCGGCACCUGGGCGAGGUACUUCGGGAGGGUGACGACGGCCAGCCCGCGGACGAUGCGACAGUUCCGCAGGCUCUCAUCGACGCCGUCCUCGCCGCUGGGAAUGCCGCCUACGGCAUGUCGACAGCGGCUGCGGCUGCGGCUGCGGCUGCGGCUGCAGUUACCACGGCUGCGACGGCCAGCCAGCUGGACGGCAGUGCCUCGUCCACGGCGCGGCAUUGCGACACGGCCGGCCAGCUACAGGUCCGCGCCAUAGACCGCCAUGGCUUCCGGUCCGACCUGACCGCCGCAGGCUCUGAGGAGGGCGGCCAUCCAGGGACCGUAGCUCCAGGCAGCUACGGCAGCGGCAACGGCAGCGGCAGCCGCGGUGCUGGACGACCGCCUUGGUGGACCAACUAUUACGACGCGACCAGCAACGAGAACCCGUGGGCCCGGCGGGAGAUAGACUUGGGCCUGACAGCCUGCGGCAGCUGGCUCUCUCGAGAUGGCGGGCGGCACCAAGGGCCGGGGCUCGCUGCUACUACACCUCUGUGA